AUGGCAUCUCUGCCCAGCAACGUCCGCGUCUCCCGCCACCCGUGCCUGAAAGCCAAACUCUCGCAGCUGCGCUCCAACAAGACCUGCUCGCGGGAAACAAACGCGCUUGUCAAGGACAUUGCGACGAUACUGGGCUGCGAAGCGCUCUCAACUAGUCUCACAACCGCCCAGGCCGGCACCGAAACAAGCCCUCUAGGCUUCGAAUACACCGUCGAGACCAUCCAGCCCAGCAACAUCGUCCUGGUCCCCAUUCUCCGCUCCGGUCUAGGAAUGCUGCAAGCGGUCCAAGACCUCCUCCCGCAGCCCGUCGCCGUGCACCACCUCGGUCUCUUCCGCGAAGACAUCACACUGCAGCCGGUCGAAUACUACAACAACCUCCCCGGCAACACCACCACCACCCCUGCUGUUGCCGCCGACCUCGCCAUCCUUCUCGACCCCGUCGUGGCCACGGGCGGCACGGCCGUUGCGGCCAUCCAGACCCUGAGAGAGUGGGGUGUGGGCCGGGUGGUUCUGCUGGGCGUGCUGGGGAGCAAGGCGGGGUUGCUGAAAGCGGCGAACGAGUGGCCCGAGGGGGUGGAUGUGUUGGUGGGUGGCGUGGAUGAUGAGGUGGAUGAUAAAGGGAUGAUUGUCCCCGGUUUGGGGGAUAUAGGCGAUCGGUUGUUUUUGGCGCGGGGGAAAUGA